AUUCCGUUGUUUGCUAACCGCCAUAAAACAUUAAGAAGAAGAAGGUCAGCGUCUUCAUCGUCAUCAUCAUCAGUAUCGCUAGGAAGUAUUUCGCCUUAAGAACAUGGCUCCAUCACCUACCAAACGCAGGGAGCGGUCGGAAGAUAAACCUCGAGAGAGGGGCAAAGAUAAAACUGUGGUGAAGGAAGGUGCUGAGAAAGAAAGAGGAAGAGACCAGAACCGAAAGCGACGCAGCAAUUCUACUGGGAGCAGCAGCAGCAGGUCUAGGUCCAGUUCUAGCUCCAGUAGCAGCUCUGGUUCCAGUUCAGGUUCCUCUAGUGGCUCCAGCUCCUCUUCAGGCUCUAGUCGCUCUGGCUCAUCCAGCUCAUCACGGUCAUCCAGCUCUUCUGGCUCCUCAGCUUCACCUAGCCCGAGCCGGCGUCGGCAUGACAAUCGCAGACGGUCGCGUUCAAAGUCUAAAUCUCAAAAGAGGGUUGAGGAAAAGGAACGCAAAAGAAGGAGCCCUAGCCCAAAGCCCACCAAGCUUCAUGUUGGAAGACUGACUAGGAAUGUUACCAAGGAUCACAUUCAAGAGAUCUUCUCUACAUAUGGGAAGAUUAAGAUGAUUGACAUGCCAUCGGACCGAUGUCAUCCAAACCUGUCAAGAGGCUAUGCCUAUGUUGAAUAUGAAAGUUCAGAGGAUGCCCAGAAGGCACUGAAACACAUGGAUGGAGGUCAAAUAGAUGGCCAAGAAAUCACAGCGACGGCUGUUCUCACUCAAAGGAUGCGUCCUGCCCCACGCAGGCUGUCCCCUCCACGUAGAAUGCCCCCUCCUCCACCAAUGUGGCGCCGUACUCCACCCCGCAUGAGAAGAAGGUCUCGGUCACCACGCCGCCGUUCACCAGUAAGAAGACGCUCUCGCUCUAGAUCUCCAGGCCGCAGGCGCCAUCGCUCACGUUCUAGCUCCAACUCCUCACGAUAAAGUCCUACUCAAGAGCUGCAAAAGCCUGUUCAGUGUCUCACCUUUGUUUACAGCAACAAAGAUGACAUCUUACUCUGUAGUUUUAAAUGGACAGUACUCACUAAUUUUGUUCUAAGUAAUAAAUGAAUCCUUGUUUUUUUGUUAUGUUUUAAAAUUUGGUUUCUAUGUAAAAUUUCUGCCAUCAUUCAGUUGAGUAAUUAAUUGUGCAUCAGUUUUUGUGCAUAUGGAAAAUUUGCUGUUUUUUCAAGUAUUUUUUUCUUUCUGUUUUAAGUAGUUUUUAAGAUUACUGGAACAUGAUUACAUGUCUAUUGAUUAAAAUUAUGUAGUAUGUGUUGAUCAUAGUUCAGUCCACAAUCACUUUUUUUAUAGACUAAAUGGGUACUGCAGAAUAAAAUUGGCAUCUUUUUAAAAAUUA